GCGCCGAGGGAGCUGCUUGCAGUGCGGCCAUCAUGCAGCUGCCUCGUGUACUGAAGAAGCUGCCUCUGUCGCUGGUACAGGUGCUGGUGAGCUGCACGGCUACACUUUCGUCCAGAUCAGUCUCCGUCGUGUCACUGAUCAAUGACACAUGUAAGUCUGUCGUGGAAGAGCUUGUACAAGAGUUCAGAGAUACAAACAACCAAAUCGUGCGUGAUAUCACGACAGGCCAACAAGAGGUGAAAGCACUGGUGGAAAGUGGUCAACAGGACGUUGAGAGAGACCAUCAGGAACUCAAGAACAGCCAAAAGAAGCUCAAAAGCGGACAGCGGGAGCUUAAAAAUGGCAACCAGGAGCUCAGAAAUGGACAACAGGUGAUCAAGAGCGAGCAGCUGGAGCUGAAAAACGGCCAACAGGAGAUCCGAAGCGGACAACAAGAAAUCAAGAGCGGACAGCAAGAGCUUAAAAAUGUCAGUCAGGAGAUCCGAAACGGACAGCAGGAAAUCGCCACAGCCUUGCGUCAGCUUCAGGACCAGAUGGCGUCCCUCCAGCCGCCAGCUCCUGAGGAGUGUCCACCAGACUGGAAACGCCACCAGGACAUCUGCUACUACGUGACUCGUCAGAAUACCACAUGGAUCGCCGCUCAUCACGCCUGCUCUUCCGUCGACCGUCGCGCUCGUCUCGCAUCAAUCCACGCCAGCUCGGCGGCCUUCGUGAAGGACUUCGUCAAAGCUGACAGUCCUGAGCCCUCGCUUUGGAUUGGUCUGGCGCGUCUCACUCCGGGAGGAAGCUGGUCGUGGUCCGAUGGAACUCCUGUGGACUUUACCGACUGGGCCAGUGGUCAGCCCGAGAAUGUUGGAGGAGUGGAGGACUGUGCCCACGUCGGGCCUCGCACCUGGUCGCUUGAAAGGCAGUGGCAUGAUAACAGCUGUAAUCGAGAAUUUCCUUCGGUCUGUCAGAUUACUCUGAUAUAAACACUAGUCUGGAGGUGAAAUACAAAUGCCUGUGCACCAUGAUCAAAAUAUGAAUCCAUGUAUCCAUGUUAUCGUGAGCACAUACCGGUACAGAUCCAUUUUACGGCAUUCUUGUGCAAAUAAAUUCUGUCCAUCGUUGA